AUGAAGGGCAACUGCACAAAGGGUCACGAUUGCCCUUAUAAACAUUCAAAGACAGAACAUGCAGUGGUCUGCAAGCAUUGGUUGCGAGGACUGUGCAAGAAAGGCGAACUAUGCGAGUUCCUUCACGAGUAUGAUCUCGCAAAGAUGCCCGAGUGUUACUUCUUCUCCAAGUUUGGUGAGUGCAGUAAUCAAGAAUGCAUGUACCUUCACUUGAACCCAGAGGAGAAGGUCGUCGAGUGUCCUUGGUACGCGAGAGGAUUCUGCAAGCACGGCCCCAAGUGCCGCCACAAGCACAUGAAGAAACUACUAUGUGAGAACUACUAUCUUGGCUUCUGUCCAGAGGGUCCAAAGUGCAAGUAUGGACAUCCCAAGUUCGAACUGCCCAAGGAGGAAUCAGAAUACCGCCAGCAGGACAUUGAGAAGCAGCAGCAGUCACAACUUCAAUCACAGACACAAAACCAGCACAUACUCCACCAGAUCAAGGGCUCAGCGACACCGACCCCGACGUCCAACGGCUCGACACCCAUGAAUACCAGCACGGACAGUCUACCGCCAGGCGCUGGUGGCGCCAACAGUGGAGCGGCUGGAGCGUUUGUUGAUAAGAGGAACAAUAACCAGAUGAACAAGCCAUAUAACAAGGUGCCAAUAUGUCAUGCAUGUGGAGUGUCUGGUCACAAGUCAAACGCAUGUCCAAACAACCCCAAUCCGCCUCCAAGUCUAGACACCGUUACAUGCUACAAGUGCUUCCAAACUGGUCAUUAUGCCAACAAGUGUACCAAUAAGAGGACCGAGCCACCUCCUGGUUUCAAUCUGCCUCCACAUCCACAUACUACCAACAACAAUCAACAACAGAAUCAAUUCCAAGGACAAGGACAGGGACAACAAGGUCAAGGUCAUCAACAAUAUCAACAACAAUCUUAUCAACAACACCAAGGACAGUUCCAACAGCAACAAGCCUACCAACAACAACAAUAUCAGCAUUGA